GUCCGGCAAUAGCCCUACGAGACGCGGGCUAACACAACAUAACUUUACCUAUAGGUACCUACCUAUCUUUUUCAUGUUAUGGAACAACCUAAAUGGGAAAACCUACCUCACGCCUUGUUUCGUUGUUUCGUUGUUUACUCUUCCCGUCUAAUGUCGCUCGCACGCGAGGAGAUCCCCAUAAUUACCGCUGGUAAGUGGUAAUCACCCCAGUUUUCCAGCCUGCUUGUCGGCGGCUCGGCCGCGCAGUUAAUUCAGUCAGGUGGGGAGAGGACACAAUGCCAUGACGUCAUGGGUCGUCCCAGCUGGGGCGGCCACCCCCCCCCCCUCCCGAGCCACUCGGCGACCGGAUGGUCGCCCAGCCGCACCGGGAAACCCAGCUUUUCCAGAGCACCGCGCGGCCUUGACGAUAUCUCUGUGAGCCACGGAGAUGCAAACUCUCCACCCGCAGUGUUUGCUUCAAGACUGCCCGCAACAAAACAAGGCGAUGCAGCAGCUGCUGCUGCUGCAUAUUUGCACCAUAUUUGAAUUGACGGAAGUCCCAGGUCCCUCGCAGGACGCUCGAAACUACGCCGCAACUCCUCGGCGGCUUGUUUAUGCUAGAGGAUGUAAAUUUAUUGCAGAGCAGUGCUCAUAUCAUGCGCUCUGGGCCCUGGGGUCGAAAGUAGCGAUCCUGGGACGUCCGACUGUUUUAAAGAAGUGAUCACUGAACAGUGUUACUUGAAAAAAGUCAACAUAAUCAUGUUGUAAGGGGAAUGAGGACGAAAAUCUUUUAAAUUGCUUAUGAAUGAUUAGCAUUUAGCACUUUAUUUUCUUUCUUUCUUUUUGUUGCCAUGCGCUUUACCUUAGCCCAUUUAGCGGUGCAGUUUCCAGUAUCAGCGGGCGCUCCGCGCUGGUACCCCGGUGGGGCCGUCGCCGUGCAGCGGCCGUGCACCUCUGAUGCCCGCGCCGCCAGCUCCGCCGCCGUAGCAUCGCUGUCAGUGAACCCGUGACCGCCGUGCCGGGAGGACCACUCCGCGAUGGUGCGCGCUGUGACGCUGCUGGUGUGCUGCACUCUGGUCGCAGCCGCCACCGGCGACGAUCAGGUGCCGUGCACGGUGGACGAGGCCGGCACCGGCGGCGUGUGCGGCAGUCUCUCCGACUGUCCCGAGCUGGAGCGACUGGCCCGCUCAGCCCGUCCCAACACACCGGCCGUCCAGCGACUGCGCAGUCUCGUUCGAAGGUGUCCCCGGUCGGCCAGCGGUCGUAUUCAGAUCUGCUGUCAGAAUGAGGUGAGGCGCUCGGUGGCGCCGCCGAGGGUGCAGCUGCCGACUAGCUGCGGGCACGGCUUCUCACCGCGGGUGACGGGCGGCGUAAAUGCGUUCAUCGGAGAGUUCCCGUGGAUGGCAUCCAUCCAGUACACCAAGACGCCCGACUCACGGCCUGAGCACGGCUGUGGAGGCACGCUCAUCACAUCGCGACACGUGCUGACGGCGGCUCACUGUGUCAGCUUCCUCAGCACUCCCCAGUUCCCGGAGCUGACGCCCGUCUCCGUCAUUCUGGGCGAGCUCGACUUCGACAGCGAGAUCGACUGCCUGCCCGAUAUGCCAAGCGAGUGCGCCGACAGACCCAUCACCGUCGACAUCGAUGCCAUUUUCCCGCACCCACACUUCCAGAACAUCCGUCAGCUGGCUCUGCCCAACGACAUCGCCGUGGUGCGGCUGGCACGCGAGGUCCCCUUCACCGACUUCAUCCAGCCAAUAUGCCUGCUGACUGACUUCUCGGAGCUGGGUGACCCCACUCGAACGGACAUCACCCCCGACCAGAUGGGCAUCAUCGCCGGCUGGGGGCGCAGCAACGUCAGCUCUGAGCUCGGCUUCACUCCGGUGCUGCAGAAGGCGCGGCUGCCGAUCCGCGAUCUGUCAGAGUGCGAGACGUCGUUCCGGCGCAGCCUGCCGAGCCGGCUGUGCGCCGGCGGAGGGCCCAACAGCACCGACACAUGCCGCGGGGACUCGGGCGGACCGCUGAUGGUCUCUGAUCGAUUCGGUACCACUAUCUUCCAGACGGGCAUCUCGUCUUUUGGCACCCGUGUCUGCGGCAGCGUGGCCGGCUACACACGCGUCUUCGACUACCGGGAUUGGAUCUUGGAGCAGAUCAACAAGUGAGGGCACUGCGCCUCAGCAGCGAACUUUGAGUUGUGUUUGAUCAGCAAAGUGAUCUUUGAGCAGACGUAGCUACUCUUGCAUAUAAAGCCGUGUUUACAUUUGACGCAGCUGACCGUUUACCCGGCUGAACGUGGCAGCGCCUGCGGGCAUUCAAGUUGUCAUUCCUGCGAGAGCCGAGGCCAGCGUUGUAGUGGAUAUUAGAGGACAUUUGAGAUCGAGUCCGGUGCCUAUGGGGCAUUACCCGCAGCAAUGUUCAAUGACCAGGAUCCCGCGCACGCUCGAUGGAUGCAGCUGCCGUGCGUCGUCCGCGCUGGGACGGUAUUGUUUGGGACUGAAUGAGAGGCGUGUUUCCAGUUCGGAGGUUAUGCUGGUUAUGACGCCGUUGUUUUAGAGGUGACGAUAUAUAAUACAUGGUAUAGACAACG